AUGAGCAUAGUUCGCAAAUUCCAGGUUUCGCAUCUUAAAAUCGAAGGAGUUGAUUCCAUUGACUCACCAGUUUACCCAGAUCACAGAGGCACACUCUACGAAGCAUUCCACUGCCUUAAAGCAGAUUUCGAUUGUUCAGUUGCAGCUGUCAACAGUUUCUACCCACGUAGACACGUAGUUUAUGGCUUGAUUUCUAUUGACGGCGACGAGAUUUUCCAUGUUAUCCGUGGAAAACUCAUCGUUGUUUUGAUUGAUCCGAAGGAUCACAAGCUUCACGAAAUCGUUGAAGCAGGACCAGGCAAAGUCAUCAAGAUCCCAUCGGGUGUCAUUCGUGGCUACCUCGCUCUUGAGGAAGACGUAAUUUACAACAUUGUUCGUACAUCCGGAAACGGAAACAAGACAUGCUACAAGUUCGAUGAUCCAGAGUUUGGCGUCAAAUGGCCAGAAUCUGAGCUCCCAUUGACACAAGCUCCUUACGCUCUUCAAGAAAAUACAGAACCAAAGCCAAAAGUCGACUUCGCCAUCAUUGGCUCAACCGGCCAGAUGGGCAGUGCCUUUAUUCGCGAAAUCGAAGCUCGCGGCAUGACCUGGGCUCCAAUUCGUGCAAGACUUAAUCAACACGAAAGAAUACGUAAUGAAAUCCUCGCCAUCGACCCACAGGUCUCAGUUAUCUGUGCCGCUGGCCUUGGAACACGUCCAAAUACCAAGUGGUGCGAUGAACAUCGCCUUGAAACACUUGAUGUCAAUGUUACAUGCUAUGUUGCCAUUUCUAGAAUCUGCCGUGAUCUUAAGAAGCAUUGCACAUUCCUUGGAACCGCUGCUUUCUACGCUUACGACGAUCAGCAUCCAAUUGGCGGCAAAGGCUUCACAGAAGAAGACGAACCAAACCACCUUCCGAACUACUACUACAAGACACGCCAGCUCUUCGAGAAAAUCUUAAAGGAAAGCGAUUCUUACAAAUUCUGCCUUAAUCUUCGCGGCCUUUAUCCAAUUGACCAUACACUUAGAUCAUCGUCAUUGGUUAGCAAACUCCUCAAGUUUGAAACGAUUUACGAUAUUCCUUCCUCAAUUACAGUUCUUAAUCAGCUUGUUCCAUUGGCCAUUGAUCUCAUGGUCGAAGGAGCAACAGGAAACGUUAACUGGGUUACAGAUGGUACAAUUUCUAAUGGAGAAAUCCUUAAACUCUAUAAGGAAAUUGUCGACCCAGAAUUUACAUGGAAAGAAAAGAAACUUACAGCUCAGGAGUCCCGUGAAAUCGGAAACUGCGCUGCUUACGUUGUUCCAGAACGCCUCCUCAAGAGAUUUGGAGAUAAAGUUCCAAAGACAAGAGAUGCUGUUAUUGAGGUCUUCAAGAUGAUCAAGGCAAACAAGCACUAA